GGCCUGGUCCAUAGCACUGGAACAACCCUGCUGAUAGGGUUUCACUCUCUGCGGGCCGAAGAGGAGGGCAGGCAGUGCAAAACAAGAUCUGGGACUCAAAUCUACCUGGGAAUCUAGAUUCCUGUUCCUCUGGGACCUGCGUCUUCCUGUAGAUAACCGAGUCUGAAAGCCAUGCCUAUCACAACUCCCGUCCCUCCUAACAAGAGGAAGAAGGCCAACAAGAUCAUCACUGAUCUGACCAACAUCAGCCAGAAUGAUGAUGAGCCGGACGCCGAGGCCGCUGAGCUCAACCUGGGUACCAAGAUCAAGACGCCCAAAGACGUGAUGUUGGAGGAGCUCUCCCUGUCCAAGAACAAGGGGUCCAAGAUGUUCAAGAUGAGGCAGCAGAGAGUGGACAAGUUCAUCGUAACCAACGAGAACAUGCAGAACCUCGAGAACCUGCUCAUGUCCCCUCCUCCUAUUCCACCAAAGCCUGAGAUGCCAAAGGAAGAAAUUGUGGAGGAGACAGUGGACGAAGAAGCUGAGAGGGAGAAGAGGAGGAAGGAAUAUGUACGCACCUACGUAUCGCCAUGGGAACGGGCCAUGAAGGACAACGAGGAGCUGAAAGCCACCAUGAAGGCUUGCAUGCCGGGACCCAUCCAGAUGCACCCGGAACUGCCUCUUUUCAAGAGCUUCAACAGGACGGCCCUGCCUUUCGGCGGCUACGACAAGGCGUCCAAGAUGCUGACCUUCGAGCUCCCAGAGAUCAACGCCGCCACAGAGGAGCCGGAGCCUCUGCCCACCAUGCAGGCCGACAUGCGCUCGCGUCCCUCGUUCAACCGCACGCCCAUCGGCUGGGUCUGCAGCGACGACAACUCACACAUCCACAUGGAAGUGGACAACAUGCCCUUCGACGGAGAGACGGACGACCUGUGAACACGCAUGCAGACACAAACAUAUAUAUAUUUACAGUACAACGUAGCUUGAAAAAUAAACACUGGAACUCGUAACACUUUCGCAUAAAACUGCAUCAAACACGUUAUUUUAUUGCAUGGAAACAAAAUGAACGUUUUCAAAUGACUUCAUGGAAAAGGAAGGAGUGUCUAACCUGGUCUCCUUUUCAUCCCCAAUUAUGAAUGAGUCUUACUAUAAUUUUACAUACUGUGAGCUACUAUGAGACCUGUGUGAAUAGAAAUAGAUAAGCACUCUGCACUCUUAAAACAAUGUAUUUAUGCAAUAAACUUACCCUUUACAGAA